AUGUCACAAAUUCCACCUGUUAUUUCUUUAGAUGGAACGAAUUUAAGUUAUUCAUCAGAAUGUUCACCAAAAGAAGAAUCUAGUCAAGUAACAUCCAUAUCUUCAUUAAUAACAUUGCCGGCAAGUCCAAGACAACAACUAAAUAAUAUAUCAUCACAAACUUCUAAUACUUCAUCGAAUCUCUCAGGAACUAUUUAUGAUGUUAAUGAAGCAAAUUCUGACAAACAAACAGAUGUUUUAAGUCUUCCAAAUAAUGAAUCAUCAAAUGUAAAAAUGUUUGUGAUAUCAUCUCCAUCAAAUAGUGAUGAUAUAUCAUUUGAAGAAAAUAAAUCAAUAAUAAAUGAAUCAACAGAUAAAGUUAAUAUAUCAUCAUUAUCAUAUCUUAAAACAAAACAACGGAAAAUUGAUCAUAGAAGAAAUAAAAGUGAACCAGUUAUAAAUGCAAAUUUAGAAGAUCUAUCAUCAAUAAAUUCAUAUCCAAGGACAACCAUACUUGAAUCAUCAUCAACAAGUACAACAAGUAAUGAAUCAGCAAUGAGUAAUAAUGGAUCUUUUGAAAAAAAGCGAAAAUCUUCAAAAAAACAAAGUUCACCAUCAAUAAAUACAAAUAAAAUUAAUGAAAAUAAUAAUAUAUCAUCUCAAACACAAGAUAAAUCUUCAUCAUCAUCAACAACAAAAAAAAAGAAACCAUGGUAUUAUAGAUUUCAAAUUUUUAUUUAUAAAUAUGUUUGA